UCAAUCGUCUCCUCCAUCACAUUCGUCGUGGUCGUCGUCGUCGUCGUGCUUUUAAUUUUGCUACGUUUCAGCCAGGCAAAGUAAUUAAAAAAGGCCAGAAAGGACCUCCGGAAAGUGCUACCCAAAGUGUAAUCCAAUCCGUUCGCUUGAAACUACCUGUGAAAAUUGCGUGCCAAGUUCGAACAGCUCCUUUGCCAGCUAGUAGUGCGUGCCAGCAGAAGCAAGAGGGGUGUCUCGUUUUGGAAGCAACCUUUUUCCGAGAAGAAAAAAGCGAACCAGGAAGAAGAAACACUCGAAGCAUUAGGUAUGGCCAGCUACCACCAGAGCCAUCAUCGUGAGCGCCGGGGAGGCGGUGGAGGAGGAGGAAGUGGUAACAGGCACCACAAUAAUCAACAUCAUCAUCAUCAGCAACACCAUCGGCACCAGCAGAACAAUACUAGUAGUGACGGAAGUAUCCUCAGCACCAGCAGCAGCACUGGCAAUAUGAAGCAUUCGUCCCUGUCGGAAUCAUCGGAACAGAACGAUACGGUUUGUGUGGUCUGCUUCAAGCCGAUCCUGUUCUACGCCAUCGGCGAGUGUGACCAUCUGUGCUGUUUCGAGUGUUCGACCCGGAUUCGGGUACUGUGCAGGCAGAAUGACUGUCCGAUCUGUCGUCGCGAUCUGGCCAAGGUGAUCUUCUCGAAGACGCUCGCCCCGUACAAGGAGCUGGACGUGAAGAAUCGGUCCGGGCUGUACGACAAAAAGUAUCGGAUCUGCUUCACCGAUCCGGACGUGCAGCAGGCGUUCUUCGAGCUGUUGGAUAACAAGUGUCCCAGAUGCGACAAGAAGAACAUUCCCAAGUUCGACAUACUGCGGGAGCAUGUCCGCAAGUUCCACGAACUGUUCUACUGCGACAUCUGCACCGAGCACCUGAAAAUCUUCUCGUCCGAGCGGCGGUGCUACUCCCGGCAGGACCUGGCCAUCCACCGGCGGAUAGGCGACCCGGACAACGUCGGCCACCGGGGACAUCCGCUGUGCGAGUACUGCGACAAGCGCUUCCUGGACAAGGACGAACUGUUCCGGCAUCUACGGAAGGAGCACUUCUUCUGCCACUUUUGCGACGCCGAUGGGACUAACUACUUCUACGGUGACUACGAAUCGCUGCGGGAUCACUUCCGGCAGGAGCACUACCUGUGCGAGGAGGGCGACUGCGAGCAGGAACAGUUUACGGUGGUGUUCCGGUCGGAGAUCGAUUUGCGGGCGCAUCGUGCUUCGGCUCACGGCAAGAGCAUGAACAAGUUGGCCAACAAGCAGACGCGAACUUUAGAGCUGGAAUUUAGCUACGCUCCGCGGAAUCGGGACGGUGGAGGCCCUGGGACGGGUCAAUCGGGCAGUGGUCCCGGAGGUGGCGGUAGAAACCAUCAUCGAGGUGGCAAUGAUCGUGGUGGUGGUGGUGGGGGCAAUGGAGGAGGUGGCGGCGGUGGGAAUCGUGGCGGAUACGAUGCAGAGAGAGAUUUCGAUGCGUUCUUAGGUGACGCGAUGCCCAUGCAGCAUCCUCCCAAGCGGAUAGAUGCCAGCAGCGAACAGGACUUCCCGUCUUUAGGUGGAACCGGUGGUAAUCCGGUGUUCCGGCCAAACAAUGUAUCCAUACGGCAGCGGGUGUUCGGCGCCGCCGGUUUGGCUCGGACGAAAGAAAACUUCCCCGCCCUCGGAUCCGAGGGCGGGGACGGACCAGGAUCGGCCAGCAUCAAUGAAGGCUUUAGUAGUAAAAUUACCGCCAGUUCUCUGUUGAAACCUAGUCAACCAAUGACCAGUAGUAGUGGUGGUGGUGGUGGUGGUGGUAGUGGCAGCAGUGGCAGUGGUUCCGGACCAGGCAGGAGUCAGGGAGGCCAAGCAUCGAAACCGAGCACCAGUAUGAUGAUUCACGUGUCGAAUCGACCGCCGAGUGCGGCUACUUCGAGUGGUGCUAAAAAGUCCAACGUUGCCGCCGAUUUUCCUGCCUUGCCGGGAACCAGCAGCAAAUCCGGCAACAAGAACAAGGAUCUCUACGCCGACAUGGAAGUUAGCAGCAAUGGGAUGGUCAACCUGAAUGCGAUCUCCGCGAAGCACCGCGCCAUGGUGGACGACUACGUCUCCGUGUCCAGUAUGGUGCAGAAGGUGGCCACCGUGGCACCGCCGAAGGAAACCAGGAAGGUUGCUCAAAAUGUGCUCCCGAGUGUGGACUCGGUCAAGGCUUUCCCAACGCUGGGUGAUUCUGGCGGCGGCGUCGGUGGCGGCGGUGGUGGCAGUAAACCGGCAAAGUCCGCUCAGUGGGUGGUGGCCAACAAGGUGAACUCAUCGUCUUUCUCCGGAAGCGGAGGAGCCUCCGCCAAUGUGUCUUCCAAGAAGAAACCAACUCCUGCGCCGAAUUUGAAGGAGGAAAGCACGUUUGUAAAUUUGAAUGCUUUAACGGGGAAAAAGUCCGCUGGGGGUGAGGGUUCCGGAUCCGGUUCCGGUUCUACGGGAAAGGAAAAGGGAGCCAACGAUAAGAAAAAUAAUAACGAUCAGACCCAAAUCAAGCAGCAGGGCAAGGGAAAGGAGAAGAACAAGACCAACAAGGAAAACGAAUCUUCUUCGAUGGGUGACAACUUUCCGGCACUGGGAAGUCAGCGGAUUUCGGAUUUUGCGCUGGCGAAUCUUGGCGGGGGCGGUGGUCCGAAGCGAGGUCCUCCCGGAUUUGAAAAUGUUAGUGUAAAUAAUAGCAGUAGUGGUAGUAAUAAUAAUAACAGUAGCAGCAGCAGCAACAACGGGGGUAGCAAUGGAGUUCGUAAGGUUCCUGCCCCUCCGCCUGGUUUUAGCAAUGUGACCUUGAACUCAGUGGCCAGGAACACCAACAGUCUGACCUUCACCAGUUCAAGCGGUGAGAGUUACAAUAUUUUGCCAGGAACGCAUAGCUUCGUGGCUCCGUCCAAUGCGAGCAAGCGAAAUCAGAACCUAGUGACACACUUCCAGCGGGCGCUUAAGAAUCCGGAAGCGCUGAGCGAAUUCCGUACCAUUUCGCAAAUGUUCCGCGACGGCAUGUACAAUCCGGGUCCGUACUACGAGCACUGCAAGGCUGCCUUAGGCGAGAGGUUUGCCGAUAUCUUCCCCGAACUGGUGGCCCUUCUGCCUAAUAUCACCAAACAGCAGGAACUGUACCUGGUCUACUGCCAGGAGGCCAAGAAUCGACCGAAGAGCGCCGGUUUCGGCCAGAAGGGUGGUGGCAAGUCGUCCAUCCCUCAGCUAGAGGUUUGCCAGGUGUGCAAGCAGGUCCUGGUGCGGGACGAUCUGACGGAACACUUCCAGUCGCACUACAUGGAGAACAACUUCCCCAAGCUGGGCGCCAACGGCAAGCCGCUAGAGGAUGGCAAGGUGUCGUCGGCUGCCUGGCGGAAAUAGCGGUAAAUACUGACAUGUUUUUUUGAAAAUAAUUUCCUUGUGCGCUUCAUGUUAAAAAUGAGAUCAACCGCAAAAGCAAACAUAUAAACAAAAUCGAAUGUUCGUUGUGCUUCUUUUUCACGGAAGGCGAAAAGUGAGAUAGCAGUUCGGAUCAUUUUGUUUUUUAUCAAAGCUUAACGAGAUUUUUCCACCACAUUGGUAAGUAUAACUCACAGUUGAUUGAAUUUCAAUGUUUUUUGAUUUAUUAGUGGGAAGUGAGAACAAUAAUUAGCCGGCUGAAAUUUAAAAUUGCCUGAUAGCUUGAGUUUUUUUUUCUUCAAAUUCAAUCAAUCUAAAAUGGGUAUAGAUUACAUAAGGUCGCUUUCUAAUGCGGUGUACAAACUGGCAAAACGUAGACAGGAAAAUCCUAUUAUUACCUAUUUAAAAAUAAUGCAAUGUAAAUAUAGAUUUUCAGUUCAAAAGUAAAAGAUAUAUACAUACCUAAAAGAACAACAACAAACAAACGCUACCAUUUUAGAGGGUAAUAAAUAAAAGUGGUUGUACACGCUUUAUGGAAUUU